AUGCUGUUGGAUACUGGUUCAGAGCUGACGUUUGCUACAAAUGACCUUGUGGGGAAGCUCGGCUUAUCGGUAUCUCCAGCUUUGCUACCGGUCGUUGGUAUUAGUGGAUCAAAGUCUUCAUCUAAUGGUUUUUCUCGAUUUUCUCUCAAGUCUCUGUAUUCAAGUAAUCAGAUUCUCAUCAAGGCCUAUGUACUCGAUCAUCUCACAUCUUCAUUGCCUUCGUUCACGGUCUCUCAAACUCAACAUUGGGAGCAUCUCAGAGGAUUGGAGUUAGCUGAUCCUGAUUAUCUGACGUCAAGACCUGUUGAUCUUCUCAUUGGCGCAGAUUUCUUUGGAUCGAUUGUGGAGCCGCAGGUUAUCAAGGGGCCGUCAGACUCCCCUAUAGCGAUGCUUACUCUCUUCGGGUGGGUGGUUCUCGGACCUACAUCCGCAGUGAUCCCCGCGGCAAGCUCAAAUCACGUCUCUGUCAGCAAUGAGGAACUUGGCGAUCUUCUCACCUCGUUCUGGCAGCAGGAGGAAGUCUCUAAAACUGAAGGCAAUGAUGGUGUUCUCACGAAGGAAGAGGCAGAUUGUGAGGAGUUCUUUCAGCGCACCCAUGUUCGAGAUCGCUCGGGGCGUUAUGUUGUUCGACUGCCUCUUGCUCGUUCUCCGUCAGAGCUCGGUGAUUCUCUAGGCCGCGCCAAGGCGUGUCUCUCGAGCCUGCUCAGGAGGUUGGGAAAGAAUCAGAAUUCUCUACAGCUUUACAGUGAUUUUCUCAAGGAGUAUGAAGAGUUGGGGCACAUGGCCUACAGCUUUGCCGACGGAACCUCUCUGCUGUAUUUGGAGCAUCUCUACAUCUACUAG